UGCCGCUCGAUCCAAAAAUUGAUGAACAGGCAGAAGUCUUGCUAAGAUCAGAACAUAUGUAUACACCAGCUCGCUGUUGUCUGCCUCGAUGCACCGCGCUUAAUCUAGUGUCCUGCCCUUCCAGUUUUGCUAGCUCCUACAUAUAUUUGACAAGAGUCGCUACCCACCCACGGAAUCACAACCUAGCGUAAACAACUGGUGUAGUCCCUUGUGUUCCCAGGACUCGUAUAUCCAUCCGCUGCGGACCUUGCUUAUCGGCGCCAUAUUUAGUCGUGCAUACGCCGACUGGUAUUAAGACGGGAUAAACAGCGACGAGCUUAGCAACGACGUGGUCGCUGCACCUGACAUCCUACGGACAACUGCAACUACUUAUAUCAGAUCAUAUCACCUGUCUGCUGCCGUUGCAGGUCGGUAAGACUGCUAGCUUCGUGAUGGAUCUAUCGCCUCCGCCGCUAAGUAGAUCACCCGCAUCUUCGCCGAAUACCGACUAUCCUUCGCCAGGUCUGGUGGAAAGCCACUACAAGUUGAGUUCGUUGUACGAUCAAUCCUGUGUACUGGACCACAACAUGGACUCCGAGCCUCUGUCACUGGAUACAGCCUCAUCUGCAGAGUGGAGCGCACCGCUAUUGCAGGCCACCACAUCAACCGACAUUCCCAACAUACUCGCAGCGCCCUACGAUGCUUUCAAUGGCUACGAUGCUUCCAUGCCUCCAUCGUACCCGCAUGAUAUAUACGUAAGCGGGCACACACAGACGCAUGCCGGAUCUAUGAGCCCACAGCAAUUCCCAAGAACACUAUCGCACUCACCAGACCCGUCCCGGCCGGCCUUUGCAUAUCGCUUGAGCGGAUCUCCACCGCCCCAGGUCAAGAUGGAGAACGGGGGUGAAUAUCCAGAACUAGAUUACUCGCGGUACCCUUCGCCUCAUCUUGGGCCUGCCGUGCCAGUUGAAAUCGGCGGUUAUAGCAGCGCAGCCAGCAGUUCGGGGUACUUGUCGGAUGCUCCCUCCGGCUCCUGGCCAAAAUCUGAGUACACUACGCUGGAGUCAGACAUGUUCACAGCCAACGGCACGGCGCCGGCGGCACCCUCACUGCUCCAGGACAGGCAGCCAUAUCGCAUCCACAGAGCACCGCGGUCAAGACCCCGUAGGCUCACCACGAAGGAAGAGGCAAAUUACCAAUGCGAAGUAAAAGGUUGCGGAAAACUAUUCAGCAGAAGUUACAAUUACAAGGCACAUCUGGAGACGCACGACGAGAACAGGGAAUACCCGUUUCCAUGCGCGGCAAUUGGAUGCUCCAAGAGAUUCGUCCGCAAAACAGAUCUCCAAAGGCAUCACCAAAGUGUGCACAUGAAAGAGAAAAACCACAGGUGCGAUUAUUGCAGCCGGAUGUUCGCUAGGAAGGACACUCUCAGAAGACACAUGGAAGAUGGCUGUUCCAAGCGCUUUGACAUUGGCACACUCGACGUGCGUUCCGAGGGAUACGAUUCGUCCUUCAGCUCGCACUCUACGUCCAACCUUCUCGCACCACCAACACAACUACCCCCAAUGACGAAUUCUCGUCCACGGACUACCAAUCCAAACUUACUCGAGCCAGCCGUAUCGUUAAUGCGGCGGGGAUAUUAAGUAGAUAUCAAUGUGUACACGCACAUGCUUCUCGUAACAUAUCAUGAUUAUCUUUCCACGGCGCAUAAAAUCUCAUGGUCAUGUUCGAAUCGGGACGGAGAUGGACCAAAGGGACAAGCAUUUUAAGACUACGCAGAGGUCGGGCUUGUAUACCAUGUAUUAUUACAACCAUGGCGCAUUUCAAUUUUAGAUACCAUAACGCGAAGCAAUUUGAACACGAGCUCGUUAACCUAGGUCAGCUCUAGCAUUUGUCGAUUGCGCUAACAUGAGCCGUGCUCACGGUGAUGUCAGCCCAAUCGUCCACACUAUAUUUGCCCAUCUUCGAUCACGGGUGUGGCGUUCUUCACGGAUGCAAUAAGUUG